GCCCUGGGGUGCUGGUGUGGGUGCUCAGGUGUGCAGGAGUGCGCUGCAGCCGGCAUGGGUGCUGGUAGUCCUUGUAUGUGAGCGUGUGUGUGCGGAUGGAGGGGCUGCUGGCAGCUUGCAGGGUGCCCAGAGCUGGCAUGAGGGUAUGGGUCUGCCCAGAUCCCGCAUGGCAGUGAGGUGCUGUGUGGCACUGUGGACAGGGUGAGGUGCAGGGAGCCUUGUGCUUUGCAGGGUGCAGACACGCUGCUUUAUGAGGGUGCAGGGCUGGAGCUGUGAGACCAGGAGGUUUGUGCCAAGCAGGCUCCCUUGUCCCACCGAGAUGGGUUACAAGCGGUGCGCUGGGGGUUCAGCACGUGUGAUGGGGAACAGCAGGGAGUUCUGUCAUUUCUAGAGGAUUUUGUGUCGCAGCCCCUGCUCAGCUGGGCAGAGCUGCCAGGGUCAGCAGCAAGUUGCAUCUUGCUUUUGUCUUGUGGUGUGGGUUGUCACUGUUGAAGGACAAGUUGCUGUCACCUCCUUGCCCCAGCCUUCCAGGGUGCUUCACUCACCAUAAUGAAACAGCUCAUGUGCACGGGGAGUAAAAAUGCACAUGGAAUUGGCCAAGGAGCUGGGUUUAAGGGGGAAACCGAAUGUGGCUGCUCCUGUCUUUGCUCUUUGUAAUGAUGAGAAAAUGUGGGGUUUUGCUUCAGUUUGACGUGUUUGUUGUGUGGAUGAGACAAGUUUUGCAGCUUGACUGUGGGGGAGCCGAGUGCUUGCGCCCUGCUGCUAUGCAACCUUUAAUCCAGACACAAGGCAAGUCAUGAUGAAUGCCUUUCCCUGGCUCUUCAAAGCAAAAAGCUUGUGGGAAAACAAAAACAAACCACGAGGAGCAAUCAGGUAGAUUGAUGUGACUGCGUUUUAUCUGAGAGCAUCGCUCUUGGGUACUUCAGGUAAUGCACAGACCAUCUCCAGGGAGGCGUAUCCAUGCCUGACCCAACUCUGGCACCCCUCUGCCUGCUGCCCUUGCCCACUACCAUUCGUUAAUGCUUGGCAAAGCCUCCCAGGUCUCUCCCCUGCUCCUGUAGCUCGUCACCGAUGACAAAUAGCAUCUAACGCUUUCCUUGUAUAAACUAACACCGCCGCUCUUCCCAGUCCCUGUCUCACCCUGCCCGCGGCAGAGCCGGUUCAGGGCAUGAUUGCAUGUCCUGGCUAUGAAGGAGGAGUCAGGCCCGAGUGCUGCCUGUGCUGCCCUCAGCGCUGUGGGGAGCCUGGUGCUGCGCAGGAUGGAGCAGCGCUGCUGCCUGCUCCAUGCUGCCUGGUGCUGCAGGAAAUAAAGCAGCGUCCUGUGGGUGCUCGUGUGACCUGGCGGGUGCUGGAGGAGCCUCUGGCAGGAAAUGAGCCCGUUUGUGGUUAUAUUUCCCUGCCUGCUUCUGCUUGGCCCCAGCCUGGCUCCCCCGUCAGCACAGGGGGGGAUGCCUGGGACUGCUGGGGCAUGACACCCCAGAGGAGCCCUGGGGCAGGGACUGAGGCACCAGGCUGUGGGGCAGGAGCCUGACAGAUGAUUUCCCUGCCUCUGGUGCUCCUUCCUGGUUGGCCCUCAGGGUGCUGAGUGCUGCUGGGGGCUGGAGGAAGCAGAGGCUCUUAAUGGGAGGCUGUGCAGAAGCAGCAGGAGUUCUUCAGGGCACGUAUGGGAAUUAAACCAGCUGAAGGCAGGAGGUUUCCUUGGAGUGUCCUUGGUGGAGCUGGUGUGGGUGCUCCUGGCUUGCAGGACUCUGUUGGGUGUUCCCUGGAGCAAGAGCUUAAACCAUGACAGUUAUGCAGGUGCCUCAUCCCGGGAAGCCCAUGAUGCUCCUCUGUGGUUGUGAAACCUUGGGAGUGGGUGGUUUGCAGCCGGGCUGCGCUCCUGCCUCAUGGAGCACAAGCAAUGGUUUUUAUUCUUUUUAAUAAAAAGUCUUCAAUUAAAAGAAAAAGAAAAGUUGGGAAACUUUCCCUUCCCUGGCUCUUCCUGUCCAUCCUUGUGACAGCUCCAGUCUCAAGUCCCAGGGCUGCCAGCACAUCCCCCCUGCCUGUGGCUCUGUUGUCACACUCACCACCCUUAGAGCAGGGGGACACCAGGACACUUACCUGACAUGAAGCAAGUUGCAUCCAGGUCCUUCCUGCAGGAUCCUGAGCCUGUCUUUCCUGGGUGUGCCCAAAACAUGGCCACAGGCCUGCGGGAAGAGCCGGUGGGAAUGUGCCAUGCACCCUUGACCUUAGGACAUGCCAGCUCCAUGAUUACCUGGGCGGGAGCACGCUGCGCUAUAAAAGCCCUGCAGGAGACCUUGCUCCGGCAGCACGGGCUGGUCUCUGCACCAUGGCUGAGCCCAAGGAGCCUGCGAAGGGAGGUGUUGAGCUGGGCACCCCUAAUGCUGCUCCCUCCGCAGGGACCAUGUCCACCCGGCGCCUCCGCAGCGAGGACUACAACGACUACAGCUCCACGGAUGUGACACCGGAGGGGAGCCCGCCCGGAGGCAUCAAUGGGUUUGCUCAUCCUGAGUCCUACCAGCGCUUCGGGGAGACCAAUGGGACCACGUGGUACCAGACCCUGAUCCAUCUCCUGAAGGGGAAUGUUGGCACGGGGCUGCUGGGGCUGCCUCUGGCAGUGAAGAACGCCGGCAUCCUGCUGGGUCCUCUGAGCCUGCUGGUGAUGGGAGUCGUGGCUGUGCACUGCAUGGGCAUCCUGGUGAAGUGUGCCCAUCACUUCUGCUACAGGUUCCAGAAGCAGUUUGUGGACUAUGGAGGUGCCAUGAUGUACGGGCUGGAAUCAACUCCUAGUGCGUGGCUGCGGACACAUGCCGUCUGGGGAAGGCGCUUGGUGGGGCUUUUCCUGAUCAUCACUCAGCUGGGCUUCUGCUGCGUGUACUUCGUGUUUCUGGCUGACAAUCUGAAGCAGGUCAUAUCUGCAGCAAAUGGGACCACCAAUGACUGCAGCUUGAACAAGACAGUGGCCAUGACCCCCACCAUGGACUCCCGGCUGUACAUGCUGUCCCUCCUGCCUUUUGUGGUGCUGCUCACGUUCAUCCAGAAUCUCAAGGUCCUGUCCAUCUUCUCCAUGCUGGCCAACGUGGCCAUGCUUGGCAGCCUCGUCGUGAUCUACCAGUACAUUGUCAGGGACAUUCCUGAUCCCAGUGGCCUGCCUCUAGCAGCAGCCUGGAAGACUUACCCUCUGUUUUUUGGCACUGCGAUCUUUGCUUUCGAAGGCAUUGGGGUGGUGCUGCCUCUGGAAAACAAGAUGAAGAACCCCCGUCAGUUCCCAGUCAUCCUCUACGUGGGGAUGACCAUUGUCACCAUCCUGUACAUCAGCCUGAGCGUCCUGGGGUACCUGCGCUUCGGGGCGGACAUUCAGGCCAGCAUAACACUCAACCUGCCCAACUGCUGGCUGUACCAAGCUGUCAAGCUGCUCUUCUCCUUUGGGAUUUUCAUCACCUAUGCUGUGCAGUUCUAUGUGCCUGCUGAGAUCAUCAUUCCCCCCCUCGUUGCCCGGGUGUCGGAGCGCUGGGGCUGGCUGGUCAACCUGCUCCUCAGGGUGGCUCUGGUUGGCGUGACCUGUGUCCUGGCCAUCCUCAUCCCGCGCCUGGACAUCGUCAUCUCACUGGUGGGCUCCGUCAGCAGCAGUGCCCUGGCUCUCAUCUUCCCCCCGCUGCUGGAGAUCGCCACCUACUACUCUGAAGGCAUGCACCCCAUUGUCAUCGCCAAGGACGUCAUCAUCAGCCUCUUUGGCUUCGUGGGCUUUGUGGUGGGGACAUAUGAGGCGCUGGUGGAGCUGGCAGCGCCCGCGGCCGCCGUGGUGAACGCCACCAGUGCCAUGGUGCAGUGACGGUGCUCUGCCCGCCCGGGUACCACUCUGGGGGUGUGGGGGCUCCGGGAGAUGCUGGUCUCCUGGGAACGGUCUCCCCUUUCCUCGCAGUGGGGUUGGUCUGCGAGAGGACAGGGCUGCCCUCCCCCCCCCCCCCCAGCAGGAGGGUCCUGUGCUGGGCUCUGGCGGUGGAGGUGGGAUCUGGGCUGGGGCAGUGCCUUGCCUGGGGCAGGUGAUAGAGCAAAACCGCCCCCUCAUCCCCUGUAAAUAGUCGCUUUUGGAGGGGAGCAAUCCUGGGGAUGUGGAUUUUGAUUAUAUCCUUCUGAAAUCCCACCCUUUCUGUAUCUCCCCAUCCCUUCAGGCAGGGGGGAUGGGGACUGCUCUGUUUUGUGCCAGUUUGUUUAUUCUUGUCUUGGGUUUUUUUUCCUUGAGCACUUUAUUUUUACAGCAACAGAGAAACCUCAGCUCAGGUUGGAGAGUGCGGAGCUGCCUCCUCACCUUGUGGGGAGUGUGGGCAGAGCCCAAGGUAUGGAGCAUCCUGGGGACCCCAGCUCUCCUUUGCUGGGAUCCCCAGAUAUGGGCAUUGGCUCCUGCUCUGUUUCCAGCUGCCUCAAGGCCUGGAGCUGGGCACUGGGCACAUCCUUGGCAUAGGAGGGGUUGCUGAAUCUAUCCCAUGCUUUCAAUAGAAACACUUCCUUUUCCUCACUUAACGCACAAGUGCAAGACCUUUGGAAGCAUUAGAGAGCCAAGGCAUGUGGGGAGCAAAUGGGCUUUGCCACAAGGAAGGUCCAAGCUGGUUGCCUUCAGCUGGGAGUCCUUUCCCUGUGUGGGAUGGGGUGUCCUCAGGGGUCACCACUUACUGCCUGCACACCACUAAAACACAUCGCCUUGUUCACAGUGCACACAUCAGCUGUUGCUGCAGGCUGAUACUGAAUGUCAAAUCACACUCAAAACCCUUAUUAGUUUUACUGUUACUCCCUUUACAUCCUCUGCCUCUGCCCCAGCUCCUGUCUUCCAGUAGGAUGCAGCUCUCCAGUGCUUCUCCCUAUGCUCCUGUUGCUUCUUGCAUUGUGGGUGGUGCAUGCCUGGGGGGUGGUCCCCAUUAUGCUGCUGCUUUCCUUCCUCGGUGAGCCCAGCUUCCUCCCUAGGGAGUUUCAUUGCCUUUCUGCUGGAUUUCUUUGUUUCUAAGACGAGAGCAAAUGCAUCCUCCAUGGGAUGUCUUCUAGCAGUGCAAGGUUUUGGCUGAGCCACCCCUCUGGAGCCCUGUGUCUUGGCCAAACUCCUCCCUUCCAAUGCAGCAUCUUCAGACACCGGCAGCGUGGUGGCUUCCUUUGGAAAGCCUUUAUCCCUUCAUCCUGCCAUAGCCGUGUCUUCCUGGGGGUGUGAAUAGAGCACUGCCAGGCUGCGUUCCCAUCUUUGGUGGAGGAUGAGUGAGGCUCAGGGUUAUUUUUGGUGUCUGACCCACUUCUGGGAGGAGAAGGCUGUGCUGAGCAGCAUCUCUGCAGCCUGCCUCCAUGGUGUGUGGUGUUCCAGUGUCUUGCACUGUCUCCUUUGCUGGUCCUGCUUUAGGUGCCCUGUGUCAGGGUAGGUCUGCGCUGUGCUGCUGCUCCUCUUCCAGCCCCUCACCUGCUCACUGCAUCUCUCAGGGCUCACUUUGUCCCCUCAAAGUCUGUGCUGGUGAAGGUUUCAGCAUGCUCUGGCAUCGCUUGGUCACGAGCAGGGCAAAGCUUGAAGUCAAACCCUCCCUCUGGAGCAAACACUCAGGUCUGGGAGGGGGCUCCAGGCACGCCAUGGACACAAGUGCAAUAUUCACAUCCAUCACUGCGUCCUGACCCCUGUGUGGCCCUUGGGGUUGGGUUUGGGUGCAGAAAUGUCACCCUUGGCAAACCAGGGGACAUUUGAUGCUUGCCCCGUGCUCUGUUGGGACCCUCCAAGAAGGCUGGACACAUCUUGGGGGACAACUGUGGCUCACGGGCAUGUUCUCAGCCUGGCACUUGGCAUCAGUGGGUUUGCUGGCAUCUUGGCAUCCAAACUCACUUUGCACUCAGCAGUGAAGGCCUCAUUGCCAAGGAGACUGGGAUAUCACUGCAGCAUUAAAUGGGUUUUGCAGUUCUUCUCUUUAUGGGGGUGUUCAGGGGCUGUUUGGAGGUGAGGCCAGAUGUGCUGGUGGGGCACGUGGUGUGAAGGGCUCUGCUGAGUCAGGAGGACCUGGCACAGGACCCAAUGGACACAAAAACUUGACACUUGCAUAUUGUAGGCUGCUCUGUAACCACGGAACUUGUAGAUAUAGAACUGAUCAAUGUACAUGUCUCGUGCCUAUGGAUAUUGUCAGCGUACAGUGUGUGUAGCUGCCCAGUGGAAGAGCUGGUGCUGCACCUGAAUCAUGUAUCUUACUUUAAUCAAUAAAUAUGAUUUAUUUUUUA